UGGCCAGAGGCCUAUAACAUUAAAGCUGAGGUCACAGUCUGUUCAGUCUAGCCCCACCUGAAGACAGUUACCAGCUGCAAAGAAGACGUUACUAAAGUUGGGCACUUGCAAAUGAGCCGAGUGGUGCAGACUACGUGCCCAGUAAAGAAAUAAUCCCAAACAUUUCCUUCGGGAUCAUAUCUUAACGUCAGGAUGGUCACAAGCUGUUUGCUAAGUUUUUAUCUUCGGCUAUUAUGUUUCUAUCUUUGCUUGUGCGCCAUUCUUCAAGUCACGCAUUGCGGCAAAAUUCCCGGUGAGGGCACGUUGGUCUUUCCGAAGCUUCUUGAAAGCCGCGACGACAGAGGGACAAGGCUGCUCAAAAUAAGUGACGAUCUUACACUGAACUUGGAAAAGAGUUCUGUCAUGGGCAAGGAGUUUUUACUGCGCACAUAUCAAGGACAUGUUAUGCAGCACAACUACCUUGAUGGAGAAGCCCUGGAAGAGGACCUGUAUCAUGACCCGAAACAGUUCGCCUCAGUAAUCGUGUCUGAAGAAAAUGGAUUGCAAGUGGAGGGUGUUCUUGGCCCGAAGUUGGCCAUAAAGCCUUUCGAGGGCCAAGGAAGAUCCGCUGGAGCACGGGACGUUCCGCACCUUAUCUACAAAAUAGAAGACAACGAUGGAGUUUACGCGGGAAAAGGUGUGACAGUGAAGGAAAGAGCAAACAUUUCUGAACGACAGAAUCAAAAUGGCGCGAGGCCCGACACUAUAUAUCCGGAAUUAUUGCUUGCGGUUGACAGCACAUUCAGGGCACAGUUCAAGACAAAGUAUACUCUGAUGAAGUAUCUAAUGAUUACUAUGAACUCCGUCAAUGUGCGCUACAUGACUGUAUCUAAUCCUUCCGUAAGGCUGACAUUUUGUGCGCUGGAAAUUUUAACCGUCACUCAAGAGACUUUCUUACUCAAACAAGGAAAGUAUGUUCACGCACUUCGCACUCUUGGAAGCCUACGAGACCAUGUUCGGAACAACACGCAAAAGUAUAGCAUUUACGACGGCGUUUACCUCAUCACAGGGCUUGACAUGGCAGAGCAUACCUAUUACGGUUGGAAUGGCAACCUUCUGGGUUAUGCAUACAUCGGAGGCAUAUGCACCUGGCAGAAAGUUGGUUAUGGUGAAGACACUGUAGGAACGUUCAGAGGCAUCCGGAUACUGGCACACGAAGUCGGACACUUGCUUGGUUGCCCACACGACGGCCAAACGAGCGGUUACUACACUUCGGCCAACUGCCCUUGGAACGACGGUUUCAUCAUGAGAUACAUGGAAAUUGACAGUAGAAGCAUGAAGUUUUCACAAUGCUGCAACACAAUGAUUUCUUGGCUUGCAUGGUCACAAACCGGGGCGUGCCUGCUAACUGCAACCGCGAAGCGGAAAAUAAAGAAGAAAUAUUAUACGAAGCUCUUCGUUGGAAACAUAAUGACUAGAGACCAGAUCUGCAAGAUGUCGUUCCCCAAUGUUCCGGACACCCGCUUCAUCGCUGAUUACAACGGAUUUGAGAACUGCAUGGCGAGGUGCUUCAUGCCUGCAUCAGUUUAUGGUUACGAAACAUUUAUGCCUACGUUUCUGCCAGACAAUUCUCCAUGUACAGAGAACAACGGGACUAGAUGCAGAAACGGUGACUGCACCCAAGCAAAGCUGAGGCGUGAGCAAUACAAACCAUACCAAGAAAGGUAACAAUAAAGCAAAAUGUGACCAUUUAUCUUUCUGUGGUAUA